AUGUUAAUAAAAAAAGAUAUUCAUAGUUAUAAUUGGUCUAUUGAUUACUCUAAACCUCUUGGUAAAGGUGCCUUGUCCGAAGGAGUUUACAAAGCAACAUUAAAUGAUACUGAUGUUAUAGAUAAAAACAUUCCAUCUGUUUGUGCAAUUAAAAUUUUAAAUUUAAACGUACAUACAACUCACAAAGCAGAAAUAGAAGCAAUUGACAACUUAUUAAAAUUGAGUCCACAUGAAAAUAUAAUUAAAUUCUAUGGAUAUGGAUACAAAGGUGAUAAAUUAUAUAUAUAUAUGGAAUAUUUAGAUGGUUGUAAAACAAUUAAAGACUUGGUAAAAGAAUAUUAUGGUUUGGAAGAAUUAGAUAUUGUUCCAGUGGCUAAUAAAAUUGUAGAUGCAUUAGAUUACCUGCAUAGAAACCAUAUUAUUCACAGAGAUAUUAAAUGUGAAAAUAUUAUGCUAAAUCCCAAAGAUGGUACUCUUAAACUAAUAGACUUUGGGACUUCAAAGUACCUUAACAACGACUCUAGUACCCACACAAUUACAGGUACCAAAUCACACAUGGCACCAGAGAUUAAGAGCUUGAAUAAUAAACAAUAUAGCUUUCAAUCAGAUAUUUGGAGUUUAGGUUCUACUUUAAUCGAAAUGGCCAAGGGUGACCCAAGUAAUAAAGAUGAAAAGGGGUUUCCAAAAAUACCUAAUGAUAUUUCAAAAGAAUACACAGAGUUUGUCCAAAGGUGUUUAAUUUUAGAACCAGAUAAAAUAAAAGAUUACCAUAGAAAAUUUGGAAUUUUACCAAUUUUACCAUAUAUUUUAGCUAAUAUGAAAGAUUCUGUGUAUGAUUCUCUACUUGAAUUAAUUGCCUCGACCACUCUUUCAACCAAUGGACCCAUUAAACCAUUUGUAAUUCCAAUUCCAGUAAAGUCACUAACACUUCCCACGUAUAACCAUUCAAUAGAAUAUUUUUAUGAGUUUUCUAAUACACUUACAGAAAUAAUACUACCAUUAUUUAAUCAACCUAUUAGACCUUUUUUGAUUCCUAUAUAUUCAAUAAAAUCCUUCACAUUAGACUCAUUUAAUCAACCCUUUAAGCUUUUCUCGUUUCCAUUUUCAACAACAUCACUCAAACUAAGAUCAUUUAAUCAACCUAUUAAACCUUUAUCGAUUCCUCCUUUAAUAAAAUCACUCAUACUGGAGUCGUUUAAUCAACCCAUUGAUUUCCCCACUAGAUAUUUUUCACCUAUCGAAUACUCAAUUACAUCACUUACACUACCAUCUUUUAAUCAAUUUAUUAAACCCAAAAUUAUUUCACCCUCAAUUACAUCAAUUAAAUUUGAAAUAUUUAAUCAACCUAUUUCUCCUGAUACAUUUCCUCCUUCACUAACCGAACUUAUAAUGCCAUCUUUUAAUCAAACCAUUACUCAAGGUUCAAUUCCACCAUCAGUAAAAACCCUAGUAUUAGGUUCAUUCAAUCAAACUUUCAAGCUCAAGUCAAAUACAUCAUCACAAAAAAUCAAUAAAAUCAGUAAUUUAUUAAUUCCAUCAUCAGUUACAUCCCUCAGAUUAGAACUAUUUAAUCAACCAAUUACACCCAAAACAUUUCCUUCAUCAAUCACAGAACUUAUAUUACCAUCAUUUAAUCAAACGAUUAAUACAGGCUCCAUUCCAUCAAAAUUAAAAUCACUUAAAUUAAAAUCUUUUAAUUGCUCAAUUCCCUUAAAAACAAUUCCAAUAAGUGUAACAAAACUCAGACUGCCAUCAUUUAAUCAAAUCAUCAAACCCAAAUUUAUUCCACCAAUUACAAAAUCACUCUCACUUUCAUUUAAUCAACACAUUACCCCAGAUUUAAUUCCAUCAUCAGUCACAUCACUCACUUUAACAUCAUUUAACCAACCUAUUCCACCCAAUUCAUUUUCCGAAAAUCUAACAUCACUCAAGCUGCCAUCAUUUAAUCAAGAUUUAGAUGUCGAUUCGAUUCCACCUACCAUAAAAACAUUAGUUCUUGGUGAAUCAUUCAGAUUUAAUGAAUAUGGUGGCAAUCUACCAGAUACAAUCAAAAACUUUACAUGUCUCUAUAAUUUUGAAAAACCAUUAAAAAAAAACAAUAAUAUACCAAAGAAAGUAUCAAUAUUAUCUUUAGAUAACUAUAAUCACCCAAUCACCAAAGACAGCAUUCCUUCAACGUGCCACACAUUAACUCUAGGUUCAAAGUUUGACUUUCAACAUAUAAAAUCAUUUACUAAUCUUCCAGCAACAAUUGUGAAGCUUAGCUUUGGUAUAAGCGAUGGAAUGUUAACAGAUGACCAUAUUAAAAAACUUAUACCAGCAUCAGUUUUAGAUAUCAAAAUUAUUAGGAAACAAAAAAAAUAA